AUGACAUUUGAAUCAUCAUUAGCUGAACAACAACAACGUGCUAUUGCUGAACUUUAUCUACAUUCAAAAUGGACUAAAGCAAGUUUAGCACUUGAAGAUGAAAAUUUAAUUAUUGAAUAUGCAACUAAUAAACGUGAUCAACAAAUAUUAAUUGAAGAAUUAUAUAAUCAUACGAAUAUAUCAAAUCAAAAUUUAAUACCAAAUACUAGAUCAUCUAUUUAUGAUCCAUCAGAUACUAUUACCAGUCAAAAACGUAUAGUGAAAAUAAUAAAACCAGAUAAUGUUGGACUUGGAAUAAGUAUAAAAGGUGGAAGAGAAAAUCGAAUGCCUAUAUUAAUAAGUAAAAUAUUUCCAAAUCUACCAGCUGAUCAAAAUGGACAACUUCAUAUUGGCGAUGCUAUACUUUCAGUAAAUGGAAAAGAUUUACAACAUGUUUCACAUGAAGAAGCUGUACAAAUAUUAAAAACAGCAGGAAAAGACGUUGAACUUGAAGUUCGAUAUUUACGAGAAAUAAAUAUUUUAAUGCAAAAACAAACUUUUUUAUCUUCUCAAAAACAACAAUCUGAAAAUAAUCUAAUCGAAUCAAAUUAUAAACGAAAUAUGACACCUAUAUCUUAUCAAUCAUCAAAUGAUUCAAUUUUCUAUGAAACAAAACGUAUACCUCUUCGUUUAUGUUAUGUUUUUCGUCGUUCAUCAUCAGCUAGUGAUAUUCUUGUUUUAUCAUCUUCAUUUUUACCUCCAUUAACAGCAUCACCAUUAUUAAUAAAUGAUAUAAAUGGUUCAAUAUUAGAUAUUAUUUUACCUCAUAUACAAACAUGUUAUAGUAUACGUUUUGUUGAUAAUAUGUAUGCUCGAAAAUGGUUUUAUAUACUUCAUUCCAAAAUUUCUCGUUAUCUUUUGGAUAUUUUACCUGAAAUUGAAGAACAUCUUAUUAUUACACGUAAUACUAAUGAAAUAAAAGCAUUAGGAUGGUUAGCUGAACAAGUUAAUUAUGAUGAAAUAACAACAAUAAAAUCAUGGCGACCUAUUUUUCUUAUUUUAACAGAUUCAGAAAUAUGUUUUUUCGGUUCUUCAUUUAUAUCAAGACAAAUCUGUCGUGAAUUAGAUAUUGUCUAUCCCAUACUUGGAAGCAGAUUUAUUCGACCAAUUCGUGAUUCAUCAAUUGAUAUUGAUAUAUCAUUAUUAACAUUACGUGUUGGAACUAAAUUUGGUAUUGUGACACAUACAUUUCGAAUUCAAACAAAACUUGACUUAGAUUAUUGGACAAAUAGAAUGAGUCAAUGUUUACAAAAUGCUGUUAUACGUACAAAAGAAGUUGUUUUUCCUUGUAAAUGGAAUAAUCGUACAUGUAAAUUAUAUUUACAUUAUGAAGAUGGUUUUACAUUAUGUACUGAUCCCGAAAGUGGUUAUACUCAAGUUCGUUUACUUUGGGAAGAACCAUUUGAAAAACUUCGUUCAUCAUCAGAUGAUAAUGAUCAUUUACUUAUGUUAGAUUUUCAUGGAGAAGAAGGUGUUAUGCAAUUAUAUUUUGAUACAUCACCAAAACCAUUUGUCUUCCAUUUACAUGCAUUUUUAUCAACUAAAGCAGCACGAAAUGGUCUUAUCAGAUAA